GAAUGGAAACCAGCUGCGGGAUUUCUUUAUCAGAUAUACGUUUCCUUUUUCAUCAAAGUAAUUUUCACAAUGGCCAUUUUCGGGUCUAUAUAUAAUCCAUGACCAGUACCCACAGAAACCUCUUCUCCUUCUUAUCAUCAUCUCUUUCUCAGAACUUUUUAGAGACUCCCCUUUUAUUGUCCAAAACCUCUGUUCUUAUAUUUGUAUCCAUCUCUUCUAUCUCACAAGACUUGGCUUUCUCUUUCUCUCUAUCUCUGUGUGUGUGUGUUUGUUUUGAUUCUUUCUUUGUUUCAUUUUACUUUGAUAUAUAUAUAUAUAUUUGGAUGCUAAACAUCUUGUUCUUGAUCUUUGAGACCCAUGUCUCCUGUAGUAAGUGAAAUCCUCCUUUCUGGGUUUAUGAUAAACUCCACUCUCAGGCGCAGGACACAUCUUGUUCAAUCUUUCUCUGUUGUCUUUCUCUACUGGUUCUACGUGUUCUCAUGAACUCUCAGCUAUAAUUACACCACCUGAUUCAUCUUCACACUAAUUAGUUUUCUGGGUCCUUUUCCAAUUACAGAAGUUCUAUUUUUUUGUAUCUUCAAUUUCAUUGCUAAAUAGAAAAAAUUUCAUGGCCACUUCUAGUGGGGCAUCUUCAGGUUCAAGCAGUUUGCUGCCGAACUCGAGCUCCGAGGACGAUUUGCAGCAGCAGAAGCAGAUCAUGGAUCAGAGAAAAAGGAAAAGAAUGGUAUCCAACCGGGAAUCGGCCCAUAGAUCGAGGAUGAGGAAGCAGAAACACAUGGAUGAUCUCAUGGUGCAACUAGGUCAACUCAAGAAGGAAAGCAUUGAGAUUUUCAGCAGCUUCAACAUCACCUCUCAACUCUACUUGAAUCUCGAGGGUGAAAACUCAGUUCUCAGGGCUCAAGUUACUGAACUCACUAACAGAUUGGACUCUCUAAGUGAGAUCAUUAACUAUAUGAACUUGAGCAAUGGGUUCUUUGAAGGUGGUGAUCAUGGUCAGAUGAUUGAUGAUUAUUUUUUUCAUGCGAAUCAAAAUCAACCCAUCAUGGACAUGGCCAUGUACUAAUUUUCUUUUUUUCUUGUUCAUGUGGGAAUAUUCUGCUUUUGUUGGUGGCUUUAGCAGUUUGGUUUAUUAAUAAUAAAACCUUAUUGAUAAGGUUUUGGUUUAGUUGGUCCAAUUUAAAAAAGAAUAUUGUUGGGCAUUGGUUUUGCUUUGCAAGGACAUCUUUGUAAAAUGUUUCUUUUUUAAUUAUGAAUAAAAUUGCUUAUUAGUACA